CAGGAUGUCAGUAGCAGAGUUGGGAACAUUGCUGAGAAAUCGUGACUGCCAGUUCCCCUGCUGUGGCCACUAGACAACGCUCACUCCUUCCUUCUAAGGAAAGGGCUGGAGCUAGUCCAAAGGAGUAGGCCCCAUUCCAAGGAGAGAAUCAGCUGUUAAGCCAAGUAAGUUAUGAUAUGGAGAGAAAGAACUCAGCCUGGCACCAUCCAGAGUGUGGGGGAGAGCUGCACAAAGGACUAGGCUUCCAGGCAGGAUGAAAAGACAGUAAUUACAUAACAACACUUGGCUGGCAUCUGGUUUCAAUCAGCUGGGUCCUUGCUCGCCCUCUCUUCUCCCAGUCUAACAAGGAGCAGCUGAGGAUACACGUAGCCCAGCACAAGACCCCGCUUACGGGGUUCAGAGGUCAUUAUGGUAACGAUCCAAUUGCGGGCUCACUUGGCCUUCCUCAUGCUCCCCCUGUUUGUGUUUGGGGUACCCACGGAUGAGCCAGACCCCAAAGAAGUGACCACCACCCCAAGCAGUUGCAGACGCUGCUGCGACCCGCUGAAUUCUCAUGAGUCCCCAGAAGCGGCUCCUGACCUGGCCAGCCGCCACUCUUUGCCCUACCCGAUGCCUGAGGUCCGCCCUUACAUCAACAUCACCAUCCUGAAAGGUGAAAAAGGAGACCGGGGAGAGUCUGGGAUACCAGGAAAAUGGGGAAAAGAAGGGCCACGAGGUGAGCGGGGUCCCCAGGGUCAGAAAGGCAGCAAGGGCCAAAUGGGUGCUCCAGGUGAUCCCUGCAAGCAUCAGUACGCUGCUUUCUCAGUGGGCCGCAAGAAGGCACUCCACAGCAGUGAGGGCUACCAGGCCUUAAUCUUUGACACUGUCUUCGUCAAUCUGUAUGGCCACUUCAACAUGUUCAACGGCAAGUUCUACUGCUACGUGGCUGGCCUCUACUUCUUCAGCCUUAAUGUCCACACCUGGAACUUCAAGGAGACCUACAUGCACAUCAUGCGCAAUGAGAGCGAAGAAGUCAUCCUCUAUGCCCAGCCCAGUGACCGCAGCAUCAUGCAGAGCCAGAGCCUCAUGCUAGAGCUACAGGAGAAAGAUGAGGUUUGGGUGCGCCUCUACAAGCGUGAGCGUGAGAAUGCCAUCUACAGUGAUGACAUUGAUGUCUACAUAACCUUCAAUGGCUACCUGGUCAAGCCCAGUAUUGAUUAACCAGCUUCUUCUCUUGCUGUUCUCCUCUCCUUCCUCUCUAUUUCACAGUCUUUCUCUUUCUCUCUCUCUCUCCACUGCCCACAAUCACUGCAAACCACAAGGAAUGAAACAGGAGGAUCAUGAUGGAGGAAGCUCCAGGAUACUUCAGAAAAUGGGAGGGUACAGGAACCCAUCUUUCCCAAAGGGGACUGUCAGCAUUCAAGGUCAUUGACUGCCUUGAGAGAGACAUUCCUACUGCAUUGGGGGUGCCAAGUUUAUGACUGCUUCAGCCCUCUCAUGGCUUAGGUCAGCUGACAGGGUCCUAGACAUCAAUGUCAAGCCAGGGAGCAGUCAGGCAGUUAGUUUAUCACCGUCUAUGAUGAGCUGUCUGUGAUAGGUUGUGUCAGUGGCUGCUUCUCCAGACAGUAACCAGUCAGAUUUACAGGUGGUGCAAAUUGGUGCAUCUCCACUGAAGAAAGCAGCAGAGUCAUACUGCUCUACACCUGCUGAGGAUUAAGUUCUGCAUAUCAGAGAGAGACAGACAGCCUCUCUUGGACCCAGUAAGCCUCCCUCUGCAGAGCAUCCUGGGAUCCUCUGCAGUCUCCAUUCCUGUGUUGGGCUCAAAGCCAGCUCAGCCCAGAGCAGAGUGUUCCCUUUCCAAAAACUGAAGGU